AUGGACGAAUUCUCCGCAUCGAUCAGACCCUCCGCGUUGGGGAAGCUUGCAACGCUAGCAGUCAGAUCACCGGAGAGUGACGAGAAAUCAGACAUUGCCCGCAUCUCUCGACAGUUUCAACUAGCAUCUUACCCGCGUGGUUUGAAUGGCGUCUUACGAAAUCAGGCGCCAACAUCGCGGGUGCCUAUGGGCAUCCGAGAACUAGAUGUAUUAAUCGCGUUAUGUAAAGCUUCUUCUUCUGUGGAUAAACCUGAGCAUGCCUCUAGGUUGGUUGCACAGCUAUCUCGGUACCUUCCUGAGGCCCACAGUCAGCUAUUCCGUCCUUCGCCUUUCCUGCAUCACAUAAAACCUUCCCCUUGGGAGGCACUCACCAAAAAUGUCACUUUGGCUCUUCUUUCAUUGGGCUCCGAAUCUCGAUAUCCAUUGCUGCGAGAGACUGUGCUCGAUGCUGUUGAUAAGUACCUGGAACACUGCGCCAAAUCUGUUCAAGCUGCGACGCCUUUCACACAUUAUGAUUCUGGGACAGACCAUCUCGGCACGGCUCAUGAAGCUGUCAGUAUAUUAUCAAUUACUGUUUCCCUGAUUGGCUUUCUGGAGGCCUCUACUAAGUUUGCUUCCUUCUGGACAGCCAUCGAGAAGUUAAGGGUAGUUGAGCAUAUGCGGUCAAUACUGUCCGAAGGCUUUCUGGUUGCUGUUGAGACAGCUUCCUCUACUGUACGUAAUGCAACUAUGCCUGACAACAUGCUUCGAGACUGGAGGAGGUACACUCGGCGUUAUGCUGCCGAUGGACGCCCCUUAGGAGCCAUGCUGCUGCAAGAAGGAUUUAUGCGCUUUGUCAAAGCGUGUACUACGUCACUCGUCGGAGCACAUAAUAUGUCAGAAGAUGAAUUGCUGGACGAUUAUAUGAGUGGCGUUGGCAUCGCUAGGAGCCACGAUACAGAUGAAAUAGCUCUUAUCAAUCGUACGGCAGCGAUCAUCGAUGACCAGAUCAAGCUUCUAGAGAAUGACUCUGACUAUCUGCAGCUUGGCUCGCAUUUGCAGCAACAGCUGGCUUUCUCAGUGAAGGCGUUCGCCUUUAUCGGGUAUCUACAUUGUGUUUUGAGUGGAAGGGCAAACAGCGAAGACUUCCUUUCUUGGUUAGAGAACACCUUGGUGGAUCCAAAUCAAAUGUCAUGCCUCGAGCUGGCAACGGCAACUUUGAAAAGCAUAGCAAUAGUUGCACGAAUGUCACUAAACAGCGCUUCUUCCGGCAGUCGCUCUCUCCUGAGGUUCAUUAUCGAAGGUGGCAUUCCAACUGUGCCCACAGCUUCUGUUGCUGCGAAAUGCCUUGCCCAAGUUCUUGGCGUUUUGUCUCAAGACGCUGUUAUCACGACUUUGUACUCGCUUGGGAAUGUUCUAAGUCCUGGCUCGGGCACCGAAAAGGCAUAUCAUGGACAGUCGAUGGGGGAUGUUCCUGGCCAUAGCAAUGCUUUUACCAGUUUCUCCCAAGCGAAGCAAGAUAGUGAGGCCUCCCUUCCUGUCACUGGCGAGCAAGGCAGUGUACAUUACAGAAACGUUGUCCACGCUAUCGUGACGAUUGCUACCCACUCAAAUGACGAAAAAAUAAGCGCCUUAGCACAAUCUAUGCUGCUACAAAAGAUCGGGAAAGUCAGUGCUUCUGUUGAUGCCUAUAUCAUCAAGGAAACAGCUGUAUUGUCUCUGAGCACAGCUCAGGGUGAAUUUCAACUUCUUCUCAAAUUCUACGACCGGGCCUACUGGGACGGGGUCACUAAGGGAUAUUGCAACGUUGCUAAUGCAGUGGAGAGCGCAAUGGCCUACCUUUCUGUCACACUGCAGAGAAACAACCCACUUCACAGGACAUACUUGAUUCAUUUACUAGAGAGUAUCGUAAAUAAGGGGGACGCGACGGAUUUUGAAAAUGAGCGCCAUAGAGACAUAGCCUUGGCUCCUGACGAUCUCAGCCCCCUUUUGAAACCACUAGCGUUGCUUGUCUCCGAUCGAGUGACUUCCAGAAACUCCGCGGAUAUUGCAGAUUAUGACCUGGACAUAUCUACUCUGUUUCGUGAUGCCUGGUUCAACAUUGCCGUUCACGGGAUUUCACUUACCUCAGCCGUUGCUCGAACUCAUAUGAAGGAGCUGCGCAUAUUGGCAAAACAUUCGCCACCCCUUGUUUCUGAAGACCGCAUGGAAAUGCUUGAAAGUGAUGUGGAGCUUAAUACAAUUCUCAGGCGUGGCAUGGGCCCACAGCGUCUCGUGGAACAGAAGAAAACCUUGAUUACGGAGAUUCCCAGCCGCGAAUCUGAGAUCAAGCGCUUAAAUUAUCCAAAAGCAGUGUUCCUUAAUGCAGCGUUGCUAGUCGAAAGCCUCCGUGCAUCUUCUGGAAACUGCACUAAAGUCCUCAGUUACUUCCGGGACCCGGCUUUAACCACCGUCGAAAUGGCUAGCUGCAUGACUACAAUUGCAGAGAAAGUGGUAAACACUUAUGUCUCGCUGACGCUAUCUGGUAGGCACGAGAACUUUUCGGUCCCGUUCUUGUCGAAGGAACUGGGUGGUUUCUUUGUGGCUUGCUGUCACAGAGUAGAAAGAGUACAGAACGUUGCUGUACUCUGCGCUAAUAAGAUCAUCAAAGAAUGUCCAUCGGCUCUAUGCGAAAAAGACUCUCUAUUUGCUCUCCUCGAACUCUUGACAGUCAUGUGCCAAUCCUGCAUUGAAGAAGAACUCGAUGAAUUUGAGUGGAAACCCUCGUUCACUUCACCUACGGGAAUAGUCAAAGUUGACUUACCUGACAACUAUCACUUUAGAAGGAAAACUUUGGAUGUGUUCCUUGGGCGAGCUCGGGAAUGGGUCACGGCCGUGAUGGAUAUCGCCCCCCUAGAUAUCAAAGGUCUUCUUCAGACCUAUUUAUCCGCAUCCGAAGACAGCAGUGGCUUUGGCAAUAUUUCUAUGGGCAGAUCGUUUGCACUUGAUAUGGGAUCGCUCAUCUCCAAAAGCGAUCAGCGGCUGGGAUCCAUUGAGCCAUAUGGGAUCAACAGGGUCGACGUUGCUUCUGAUUUCAUGGCCCAGUAUACUACACGCCAAAAAUAUCGAUAUCCGGAUACGCAAUUGUCUAAAUUUCUAGGAUGGGGGAAGAGGCCCAGAAUUGAUGCGCCUGUGCUGUUUCAACUGGAGUCAAACGAUGCUGCCGAGGCUCGGCUGUCCUACAUACAUGAACAGAUUAGCCUGGGAAAUGAAGUGCCAUUUCUGGAAGUUAGGGAUGGAUUGCGAAAGGCUGCCGCUCUCUUGUGCUGUGGUGGUGAUCAUCAUCCUUCUAUUCCACAUUACCUCGUGUCUUUGCCCUUUGAGAUAUUCUCGACGGAGUCAAUAAACCUCGGAAUCUCUCUCUGGCUGGGAGCGAUACAUGAGAAUCCAAGUGUGGAGCCCAAGAUCCUAGUUGAAGUAGCUGAAGCUUGGGAAAAGACAAUCUCGCGCAAGAAGGGUCUGUUCGACCCAUCUUUUAAUUACGUUGAUCCACUGUAUGCAAAGAUUGAGCUUCUGCCUACUGAUAAGGCACAGAUGCUACAAGAGCAACAAAAAGCCCACAAGGUUCUCUCACCGCACUCACAUGUUCUCCAGUUUUUUGAGAGCCACUUCAGUGCAAUUCAGCUAGGAAACCGACAAGAUCAACAACUGUUUUGUCGCCUCGUUGACAUGACUUGUGUCGGCCUGAUGCAAACGAGCGGGCAUCCCCUAUCUCGCGAGCUUCACUUUCGUAUCAUUUUGUUUGGCCUUAAGGUCCUGAAGCAUUUCAGUUCGGCGGACACGGCCUCUUCUUGGAAGCUUAAGGACCAACUUUUGUCCGCUGCCCUGAGUUGGUUUAGACACCCGCCUAGGUGGUCCUUCGGAGGCAAUCGAUUGCAGAUCAAAGCUGAAGAUAAAGUCCUUAGUGAUGUGGCGUCUGCUCUGGUUAAUGUCUCUAAUGUCGCUUGUCACACACUGGGAUCGUAUAGAUCACUGCAAACUAAACAAGAUCUGCUUCAUACCCUUCUUGAAAAUGAGAGGUCACGUCUGAAGGUUUGGCUGUAUCCUUUGGACCAAGAACGUAAACAUUACAUACCUCAGUCUUCUGGGAGCAGGAAUUUCAUGGAGGAGGCCACUUCUUUGUUACGGCUUGCUUGGGCUGAGCAUCCAGGUUUAGCCAUUCAACUUGGUGCUCGUUUCCCAUCUGUGAAGCUGAAGAACGAUAUCCGUUGGUUAUUGCUCAACUUCCCGGAAAAGGUUAUCGAUGAGCCCAGUAGCCUUGAAAUCAUGCUUGGUGCUACUCUUCCUGCAGAUAUCUCAUUCCAGUUGAAGUAUUUGCUUUACUGGGCCCCCGUGAAUCCAACCGAAGCUCUAGCCUAUUUCUUACCUGCUUAUGGAAAUCACCCAUUCAUCCUGCAGUAUGCGAUGAAAGCAUUGGAAAGUCAUUCAAUUGACGUUCGUUUCUAUUUUGUUCCACAGUUGAUCCAAGCUCUACGAUAUGAUGCGUUAGGUUACGUAGAGCGCUAUAUCAUGGAAACAGCUAAGCAAUCUCAAUUAUUUGCACACCAGGUGAUUUGGAAUAUGAAGGCUAAUUCGUACAAAGACGAGGAUUCUCAAAUUCCGGAUCCGCUCAAGCCAACCCUGGACAAGUUCAUGGACUCUCUCAUUGCCAGCUUCACGCACGAGGAACGCGACUUCUACGAAAGGGAAUUCUCCUUCUUCAAUGAAAUCACAGGUAUUUCAGGGAAGCUCCGGCCGUACAUCAAAAAAAGUAAACCCGAGAAGAAAGAAAAGAUUGAGGAAGAGCUUCGCAAAAUCAAAGUGGAAGUUGGUGUUUAUCUCCCUAGCAAUCCCGAUGGCGUUGUUGUCGGCAUUGAUCGCAAGUCCGGAAAACCACUCCAAAGCCACGCAAAAGCGCCAUACAUGGCGACUUUCAGAAUUCAAAAGACGAGGACUCGAUUUGAUCCAGAAGGCCCCGUAAGUUCUUCAGGGCAACACACCUUGACUCAGGACCAAGAGACUCGCUUGGACUCGGAGCAGGAGACCUACGAGGUUUGGCAGUCGGCCAUUUUUAAAGUCGGUGACGACUGCCGCCAGGACAUGUUAGCCCUGCAGAUGAUUGCUGCUUUCCGGAGCAUCUUCGGUAGUGUCGGGCUUGAUGUUUGGGUAUUCCCCUACCGAGUAACUUCGACAGCUCCCGGAUGUGGUGUUAUUGAUGUCCUCCCUAAUUCAAUCUCUCGUGACAUGCUGGGCCGUGAAGCGGUGAACGGGCUCUAUGAUUAUUUUGUUUCCAAGUAUGGCGGAGAAGAUUCCAUUAAAUUCCAGGAAGCACGUACCAAUUUUGUCAAGAGCAUGGCAGCCUAUUCCGUUAUAUCGUAUCUUCUACAAUUCAAGGAUCGUCACAACGGGAACAUCAUGGUCGAUGAUGCUGGCCACAUUAUACACAUCGACUUUGGGUUCUGCUUUGAUAUUGCACCUGGAGGCGUUCGCUUCGAGCGCGCACCGUUCAAACUCACUUCUGAAAUGGUUGCCGUGAUGAGCGGUACUCAACACACACAUGCUCAUGCCUCCGGGGGCAGUUCUUACAACCCUACAAACACACAACCCUAUCGAUGGUUCGAAUCCUUGGUUGUGAAGGCAUUCCUUGCAUCCCGCCCCUACAGUGCUAAAUUAUCUCACAUUGUCUCCUUGAUGCUUGAUAGCGGCUUACCCUGUUUCAAGCCUGAUACACUGAAGAAUUUCCGGGACCGAUUUGUUUUGGAGAAGAGCGAGAGAGAUGCGGCUGAAUAUAUGCGGGAGCUUGUCCGCAAAUCCUACAUGAGUGUCUCUACUAAGGGUUACGAUCAAUUUCAGCUGUUGACAAAUGGCAUCCCAUACUAG